AUGUUAGUGUCAAAGACGGAACACAACAUGGAUCGGAACAUUGAAAUUGUACUGAAAUCUUCAGGGGAAAAUUCAUUUUCUCGUUUGGAACUCGACUUUUCGGCAAAAAAUGGAGAAGUGAAAGUUUCCGUAACUCAAUCUGAGAAAACAAAGCAGAUGCUAAACAAUAACGAGGAAUCUGAGAGCAUUGAAGAAUGCGAAAUCGAGAUUUUUGUCAAGUUUAACUUUGAUUACCAAGCGACAUCGUUUCAUGUCAAACCAUCGACUUUGAUAGAAGAUCUCAAAGACAUGAUUCAAGUUGUAAAGAAAAUUCCAUCGCACUUUCAAAUUUUAAGAUAUGAUGGAAGAGUUCUUAUGAACGGAUUUUCACUAAGUGAAGCCAAUGUCAAAGAUAAGUCAAUUAUCACUGGAAGAAGGGAGAUUGCUAACAAGUGUCCUAAAAUAUUUCAAUACGAUUUCUAAAUUUGAUCUUUUAAGUUUUUGUAAUAUUCAAAGUUGAAGUAUUUUUGUAAUAAUUUUUUGCCUAAUGGCCUUGAUCUAAUAAAAGCAAAAGUGGAAGACUAUAAGAAAUUUUAA